AUGUCAUCAAGGCGCAAUGUUCGUUACAGUGCUCUUCCUGACGUUGAUAAUGAUGAUAAAUUUGGUGUACAACAUGACCCUCGAUUUGAUUAUACACCUGGAUCUUAUGAUAGAAUCCCAUGGAAGUCCAUUUUCCUUGCAAUUUUUCUGCUGUCCCUUGGAUGUGUACUUCUCUUUUUAUCAUUCUUUAUCUUCACUGGUCACAUGGGGGGAGAGAAGUCCCAAGGUUAUGGUCUCUUAGCCCUCGGAAUAGUUACCUUCAUGCCAGGCUUUUACGAAACUCGGAUAGCAUAUUACUCAUGGAGGGGUGCUAAAGGAUAUCGCUUUGCUUCUAUCCCUGAUUAUUAG